AUGUCAGGAGUCGAUCUCUCUUGCAACCUCUUAACAGGAGGAAUCCCAUCUGCUAUUGAAAAUCUAAGUGAGAUCCAUGUACUAAACCUGUUACAUAACAAUCUCAUUGGUUCAAUCCCAACAACUUUCUUAAUGUUAAAACAAGUGGAGAGUUUGGAUCUUUCCUACAACAAUUUGAGUGGAACAAUUCUCUCUCAACUCAUCGAGUUGAACUCUUUGGCAGUCUUCAGUGUGUCACACAACAAUUUAUCAGGUACGACUUUGGAACAGAAAGCUCAGUUUGGGACCUUUGAAGAAAGCAGUUAUGAGGGAAAUCCUUUUCUUUGUGGACCUCUAUUACGUAACAGUUGCAAUAAAAUUGGAUCUCCGUCGACAUUGCCUCAUCACUCUUCAGAAGAGGAAGGUUUUAUGGAUAUGGGGGUUUUCUAUGUGACUUUUACCGUCUCUUUCAUAAUUGCAUUCUUGGGAGUUGUUGCAGUUCUGUGCAUAAAUCCUUAUUGGAGACGAGAAUGGUUUCGUAUCGUCGAAGCUUAUGGGACCUCUUGCUAUUAUUUUGUUCUUGACUGCUUUCUCAAGCCGUUCAACGGAAGAGGCGUGUAG